AUGUCAGCACCUUUGCCUAUUAAUGCAGUUGUUAGUCCCAUAUCCCUGAACAUAUUAAGUUGUGAAGCUGUUGAAAGAGCUAGUAAUGACACGUCACCGAUUAGGGGCUCUCCCAUAUCAGGCAUUUUGCCAUUGUCAGAUGAGGAACCAUUUGAAGAUUCAGAAACGUCGUGGUUACCAGAAUCGGAUGAGGAAGUAAACUGUGAAACAGACUUUGAGGAACUAAGGGAGCAUGAUGAAUGGAAAGAAAAUGAACAAGAUAAAUCAAAUAAAGAUAGCAGAGAAAAUGAAGAGGCUAAAAAAAAUGAAGAAACUAAAGACAGCGAAAAAGCAAGAGAAAAUGAAGAAGUUGGAGAUAACGACGAAGCUAGGAAUAAUGAAGGAGGUCGAGAAAAUGAAGAAAGUAGAGAAAACGAAACAGAUAGGGAAAAUGAAGAAACCAAAGAAAUUGAAGAACCGAGAUAUAUACAAAAUACAGAGACUAAAAAGAUAGGUAACGACCUUCGAGGCAAAACAAAACCUGCAAAUAAGACUCCAGAAGACCAAAUUAAAGAAGUAAAAGAACACAUCGAAAGUUUUCCAAAAAAGGAAUCUCAUUACUACCCAGACAUUGUACUGAAGAGAGAAUACGACGAUCAUAUCAAACGGAAAGAAGAAUCUUACGCUUCAAAAGAUAUUGAUAAGAAGCGGUCUGAGCAGGAUGAUACUUUUCUUUGCAUCACAAUGGACUUGCAGAGUUUGUUACAGAUACCAUCCACUUCAGACAGCCUUAUGUACUAUAGUCGCAAGUUAAACUUAUACAAUCUUUCGGUUUAUGAGUUUAAGCCCCCAGAAAAUAAUGCGCACUGUAUAAUUUGGACAGAAAUGAACGGAAAAAGAGGAAGCAUUGAGAUUGCUUCAGCAAUUAACACAUGGUUUAACACAAUAUCGAAAAAUGUAAGAGAAGUCACUAUUUAUUCCGACACAUGUUCUGGACAAAACAGAAACCAAUAUAUGGCAGCAUUUUUGUUACAUUUGGUUCAAGUGAGCCCAAACUUGCAUGUAAUAGAACAAAAAUAUCUGGAAAGUGGGCACUCUUUUAUGGAGGUUGAUUCUAUGCAUAGUGCCAUUGAAAAGGAGAAACGAUUUUCUGAUGUUUAUUCCGUAAUUGAUUGGAAAGGCAUCAUGCAGAGAGCUCGUUCUAGUAGACAUAUAAUAAAAAUGUGUCUCCGUAUAAGGUCAAAGAACUUUUUUUCCAUGACAUGA